UCUCUUGAAACCCUCGGUAGCAGUCUCUAGGCUUCUUUUUCUUUUUCUUUUCUCUUCUUCUCUCUUUCUUUCCUUCCUUCCUUUCAUUUCUGUCCUGCUAGGUUUUCUCCUUGAAAAGCUGCUGAAAUUUUGCUUGAUAUUUGGUCGUUUUUAAUCCAGAUCUGUAGCAGUUUUUAGGGUUUUAAGUGAAGGAGGAGAUGGAUACAGGAUUGAAAUCAGCUUCGGUUGCUAGUUUGUCUAAUCAAAAUGUGGUUUCUGGGAAAGAUGGAAGCAAAAACAAUUUCAGUUCUUCCAUAUCCUCGUCACGUUAUGGUAAUUCUGACUUGAAAGGAGGGGUUAAUCAAGUACCAGCUACAGAGCACAGUUUAUACUAUCCAACCAGUUGCUAUGGUUACUAUUAUCCAGGAUAUGAUGGUUCAUAUCCUGAAUGGGAUGAUCGUCAUUAUUUUCACGCAGGUGAUGGAUCAGAGAUUCCAUACUCGGUUCCACAGUUGGGGAUUGAUUAUCGAUCUUCUGCAUUCGCGAAAGGUUGCUAUCCAAUGGGGAAGUAUGCUGCAUUCUCUAAUCAGCAAGGGCUAUUUCCAAAUAAUGGUUACAUGUACUACAGGCAAAAUGCCAGAAACUGGGUUGGCAACGACAGAUAUAGAUCUCGAGAGAGGUUUAAUAGGAAUGGGGAAUUUGAAGCCUCUAGUGAGCUAAACCGUGGUCCUAGGGCUCGUCGAGUGAUCUCAUCAGCUGAGAAAGACCAGUUAACCCCUGCAGCUCACAAAGACAAAUAUAACCUUCCAGAGUUCCAGACAGAUUACGAAAAUGCAAAGUUCUUUGUAAUAAAGUCCUAUAGUGAAGAUGAUAUUCACAAAAGUAUCAAGUAUGGUGUGUGGACUAGUACAGCAAAUGGCAACAGGAAGCUGGAUGCGGCAUUCCGAGAGGCAGAGACGAAAUCUGGAGAGAUGUGCAAAAGGUCUCCCAUCUUUCUCUUCUUCUCAGUAAAUGGGAGCGGGCAGUUUGUUGGCCUAGCUGAGAUGACUGGGCAAGUUGAUUUCAAGAAGGAUAUGGACUUUUGGCAGCAAGACAAGUGGAAUGGCGUCUUUUCAGUCCAAUGGCACAUAGUUAAAGAUGUUCCUAAUGUCCAAUUGCGACAUAUCAUACUUGAAAACAAUGACAACAAGCCUGUGACCAAUAGCAGGGAUACUCAGGAGAUUGGAGUGAAGCAAGGUUCAGAAAUGCUGACCAUUUUCAAGAGUUUCUCUACAAAAACAUGCAUGCUAGAUGAUUUUAACUUCUACGAAGACAGGGAGAAGGCACUUCUUGCCAGGAGAACUAGUAAAGCUGCUCUUUCACAAGAGGAGAUCGACAGAAAGAAAGAGUUUUCAAAGCAUUUGGAAGCAGGUGUAAAGAAGAUUGAUGAAGCAUCAAUCAAGGGUCAGAUUGCGACUGAUGCCAAGACUGCUUCACUCAUUGAGCUCACCAAGAACAUGUCGCUCAAUCCCCUUCCGUCGAAAAUAGUUCGAUGAAGUGCUCUGGCCUCUUAUCUACAGCUUAAUUUGAAUUGAAUACGCAUACUGUUAUGCUGGCUAAAUUGUAUCAUUGCAGCUAACAAGACAUUCUGCACUCACAUACUCUCUAGAUAGCAGAUGUGGGUUUUGGUAUUUCUGUUGUCUUAAUUUUAGAAUUUAGGAGUGAACAACUUGCUUUUUGUUUCUUUUUCUAAUUUGCGUCUUCUGAGUUUCAGCAGAGAGCCCUUUGUAAGUUGAUGAUUUUAGUUUCAAGUUACUGAAAGUUUUGCACAGGAGGAUCUAGACUUUAAUAUUGUCUGAAUUGCAGUAAAAAGAUCCAAAUCAGAUUUUCCA